AUGGCUGCCCAAGGAGAACCCCAAGUUCAGUUCAAACUUGUUUUGGUUGGUGAUGGUGGUACUGGAAAAACUACAUUCGUUAAGCAUCAUCUGACUGGUGAAUUUGAGAAGAACAUCAAGAGUUACAAGAAUGUGCCUAACUGGCAUAGAGAUCUGAUACGAGUGUGUGAGAACAUCCCAAUUGUGUUGUGUGGCAACAAAGUGGAUAUUAAGGACAGAAAGGUUAAGGCAAAGUCAAUUGUCUUCCACCAAAAGAAGAAUUUUCAGUACUAUGACAUUUCUGCCAAAAGUAACUACAGCUUUGAAAAGCCCUUCCUCUGGCUUGCUAGAAAACUGAUUGGAGACCGUAACUUGGAGUUUGUCGCCAUGCCUGCUCUGGCCCCGCCAGAGGUGGUCAUGGACCCAGCCUUGGCAGCACAGUAUGAGCACGGUUUAGAGGUUGCUCAGACAACUGCUCUCCCGGAUGAAGAUGAUGACCUGUGA